CUGAUUUGUUUGCUGAUUUGUUGGUUUAUUAUUCCAGGAAAAGAUGUGUGAAGAUAUGUCUCGGCUCGAGUGGAAUUCCGUUCACAGAUGUGUGCUGUGGCAAACGGGAAUCGAAGCGAUGGAGUAUCAUAUUAGAAAGUACAAACGCUGGCCCUUCCAGUUCUUGGUAACUGGUGCAGAUGUUCCAAUAAAAUCUAAAGGCAGCUCUACGAAGACAACCACAUUGUAUCAGUGCUAUGUUGAUCUUUCAGAACUUCUGUUCCCUGGAAGGAAAAGUUGUAGAGUUGUUGGACAGUUGUACGCGUACAACGCAGCAGACAUAACAGAAAAUUUCGGCAUUGAAGACAAUAUUUUUGUUUUGGAUACGAGGGGCAAAGAUUCAAAAGACAGGGAAAAGAAGCAGAAAACUUCGAAGCACUCGGAAUCAGCGAAUUCUGAGCCAGAAGUACUUUCAUCCGCACCAUUAACAUCGUUAAAAGACCAACCAACUGUUGUCGUGAUCGAAGUGGAGCUUUAUCAGCCACUAAUUGCCUGCAGCCUUCUAUCGGAUUUUUCAAACUUAAUCAAAGAGAUGAUUCCAAAAGAGAUGGAAAGAAAACCGUACGUCUACUCUGGUGACGUAGCAGAGAAACAGUACAUGAAAUGCAUCCAAAAGUUGGUCGAAGUUAUUACAGAAAGUUAUCGGGAUGAACUUACAUGUUUCACUCAAUACCUUUACAAAACCGGUGUAUAUUUAUCACUGCGUAAUACACUCAGAUCAAAAGUUACCAUGUUGUUGGAUCAGAAAUUCAAGAUGCCACCGAACCUGCUCUACGACCAUAAAACUCAGAACUUCAUUGUGUCGGUGUACACGUACCUUGUGGAGCAAAUGCAUGCAGCAAUUAAUACAGUUGUCGAGGGUAGAUUCACAGAAGAUUUAUCAGAAAAUCUAGACGCAGAAGAUUUAAACUUAUACGGUGAAGAAGCUUACGAGCUCGGUGACUUGGAUAGAGCAAGACGUUAUUAUAAAACGGUUAAAUUGUAUUAUUUAAGAUUCAAACAAGAAAAGAAUUAUCAUGAUGUUUUACGUUUUCAGGAAAUAUCAUUGUCCAAAACUAACCCGGUAUCAUGGACAAGAUAUGCAGUUUAUCUUAAAAAAAUUGGCGAUAUUGAACGUGCAAAGCAUUGUUGUUUGGAAGCAAUUUCCUUGGACAGACGAUACGUAUUUGCAUUAUUGCUGUACGGGGCAAUAUUGUUUGAAAACGGUAACUACAGGGAAGCAGAAACCUUUUUAAGAGCCAUUACUGAUUUUCAUCCGCGAUUUUAUAAGGGCUGGGUCAUUUUACAUCUUUGCUACAUACGAACUGAAUAUUAUCCAGGAAUAGAUCUGGCACUCAGAGUGGCAGAAAAAUGUAUGAAGGAUAAGCUACAACCGAUAAAGCUCCCUAAUGAACCAUUAGCUUGGUCGACAUCGCACUGUCCUGAUGAUAACUUAUACAUGAAGACGGCUAUAUUUUUACUGAAACUGCAUCUUUGCGAGCUUGCAGGAAUUGCUCUGGCCCAAGAAAUGGCCCAGUCUAAUCGAUCAACACACAUAUUGUAUUACAUGGCAGUGCAACACUAUCUGUCCAAUCGAUUCGAAGACGGACUUACUCAUUUAGAAGAAGCUAAAUGUAACUAUGGAAUGGAUUAUACAAUCGGUAGUUUAAUGGGUCAUUGCUAUUUGAGAAUAGGCGACUACAAGAAAGCUAUAGAAUGCUAUGAAUUUGCACACAUGUUGUUCAACAGGCCCAAAAAAUUGCUUUUAGUGCAAAUCAGAUUGGGAUACCAUUAUUACAAUACUGGGGAUUAUGAACGUGCCAAAAGUGUAUUUUUAAGUGCCUGCAAAUCGUCGCCAACUUCUCAAACUUGGCUGGGUGCUGGUAUAAGUUGCUAUGAGCUUGGGGAGUAUACAGAAGCUGAAGCAACCCUGUCCGAGGCAAACAGACUUGAUAAUUUGAAUCCAGAAAUUUGGGGCCACUUGUGUCUAUUGAACCUAACUCUCAAUAGGUAUGACGAGUUUUGUCAGUGUUAUAGGGAAACGGUGAAAAAUAACCUUAAAAAUAGAAAACUGUGGCUGAGAAUAACGAACGUGAUGGAGGCUUUGGAUUAUGCACCACCAAUUUUGGUAACAGAACAUGAUGACCUUAUCGAGGACUCCGGCGAAGAAGAGUUCGAGGAUUACAUAUAAAAAUGGCACUGGAUGCGAAAAGAAAAUGGGAAAUAUUGCCAGUCGGUAUAAAAACAGACCUUGAUGACACUCGGUCAACAAACUUCUGUUAUCAAUAGGAAAUUACAACAUUGUUCCGAUAUCAACUUGAAUUUAAUCUCAUUAAAGAAACUUAUAGUAUUCACUGAUCCGUUGAUAUGAAUAUCGAUUUACUUUAGCUGAAAUUUCUGCCACAUUAAUAAUUGUUCACAUUUCCACGUUCGAUUAUGUAGAGAAGCAGAUUCAUAAUUUAUAAACUAAGUCAUUCUGUAGCGGUGCAGUUUUUCGUACGCAUCAGCCAAACGUUACCUUCUGCGGUAAAUAAAAAAUAAAACAUAAAGAAAGAAGUUAACAAAAAUAUCAUAUAAUUAAAAAAGGAAACGAACAAUAAAUAAUCUUUUAGCAAAAGGAUCUAAAUAAAUAUAUAUAUGUAUAUAUAAACUAUAAAGUGACAUAACAUUGCUCCUCGACCAAGAUCAAAUAAAUAUAGUGUACCACCUUAAACUUCAUAAUAUUUCUAAUAUUAUAUCAUUGUUUUCGGAAACAACAGUCCAAGGUACACCGUUCGUUUCGUUUUUCAAGGUACUUAAAAGAUAUACACAUAUAUCAAUGUCUAAUGUAUAGCUAAAUAGCUAUUGCCAAUUAUAAAAAUAUCAUUCGAGUGCGACUUGAACAGAUGUCAGUACUCUAUUGUCAUAGAAUUUCAUAUUAAAUAUCAGAAAUACGAGUUAUAGCAUUGCUGUUCUCUAAUUAAGGUAUGUAAAAGCACUAUAAUCCUUGACCUUUGUUUCCAGUGCGCUAAUCCUUUGCAGUCUUUUGCAUUAUUACCAAUAAACAAAACAAACAUUAAAUCCUUUACAACGAAAA